AUGGCCGUGGUACAGCAGGAAGAUCGAGUCUGCUGCUGCAGCAGCAGCAGCAGCAGCAGCAGACUAGGACACCUAGCAGCAGCAGCGCAGCAGCAGCGGCAGCUGGGAUUUUGCUCUGCUUUGGCGGACUCCGGUGCUUUGCAGAUUUUAAGGCGGGAGGAAGCAGCAGAGGCUGGAGGAGCAGCAGCAGUACAGGCAGCAGCAGGAGCAGCAUAUGCUGCAGCAACCGUUGGUGCAGCAGCAUCAGCAUCAGCAGCAGCAGCAGCAGCAGCAGCGGCGAAGAUGAAGUUCGGCAAGAACAUUCGCAAGGAGGCGUGGCUCUGCCAGCGGCUGCACUUUCUUGACUAUAAAAAACUCAAGAAGAGGGUUAAAGCUGCUGCUGCGCUGCUCAAGGAGCGCAACUAUAGAGAAUGUGUCUCCUGUCUCCGUUUAUUUUUUGUUGAUUUAGAAGAGGAGCUGGCUUUAGUACGUGGGGAGUAUGCCCAGGAGCUGCAGCAGCUGCAGCAGCAGCAGCUGCUGCUGCAGCAGGAGUUCGAACGCCAGCAGGAGGAUCCAUAUACGCAGCUGCAGCAGCAGCUGCAGCAGCUGCAGCAGCAGCAGCAACAACCAGAUCACCACCAGGAGCAAUAUAACGACAACCUGGAAGAGGGAGGGCAGGCUGCCUUAGGGGAUGCUGCAGCAGCAGAGGCAAGCGCUCGUGCUGCUGCUGCAGCACCUGCUGCUGGUAUUGCAGCAGCCGUACCGCCAACUGCAGCAGAAACAGCAGCAGCAGCAGCAGCAGGGUCUUGGGCGGCUGCAAUACAGCAGCUACCCGAAGAGACACGCCGCAGGCUUUCUGCUUCAACUUCACUGGAGCAGGUUCUUGACGUGCUGCUGUCUGUUGGCUGCGCAGCAGCAGCAGCUGCUGCUGCUGCUGCUCCAGAUGGAGAAACAGCAGCAGCAGAAGCAACUGAGGGAGAGACAGCAACAACGGAGUCUGAAGCAGAAUCAACAGCAGCAGCAGGCUCCGCGGCGAUGGACCCGCAGGAGACAGCCGCCUCAACUGUAGCAGCAGCAGCAGUGCCUGCUGCUGCAACGACAGCAGCAGCAGCUGCUGCUGCGACGACAGCAGCGGCUGCAAGUACAGGUGCAGCAGCAGCAGCAGCAGCCGCAGCAGCAGAUAUUCCAGAGGAGGAAGAGGCGUUAUCCAGCGUUGCAGCAGGAGACCCAGACGGCGCAGCAGAACUCACUUCAGCCUCAUCUGCAGCAGCAGCAAUCUCUCCUGAAGCAGCAGCAGCAGCAGCAGCAGCAGCAGCUUCACCAGCUUUAGAGGCUCUAGUAUCUUUCUGUCAGAGGCUGCAGGAGGCCCUCAAGGGCUGCCGCGAGCUGCGUAAAUUCAUCAUAUGGAAUACAGUCGCAGUAGUCAAGAUCACAAAAAAGAGGAAGAAGCUGCUGUGCAGCUGCGAACCAACUGCACAGCCAGCAGCAGCAGCAGCAGCUAGAGCCCUUGCAGCAAGAACAGGCGCAGCAGCAGCAGCAGUAGAGAUUGGCGAGGUACUUACAGCGGAAGGCGGCAGUGGGGUCCGUGCUGCAGCUGCUGCGGUGCCUACUGCUGCUGCUGCUCCUGCUCCUGCUGCUGCUGAGACUGUUCAUCCAUGCCACGGCUGCUGCUUCCUUCAGGUGGCAGAAGGCUUGGCUGCUGUUGACGGAGACAGCAGCAGCAGCAGCAGCAGCAGCAGCACAAGCAGCAGCAGUAGCAGCAGUGGGAGCGGUUUUUCGCCUGCUUGCGCCGGAACUUCUUCUGUUUCCAUGAGCAGCAGCAGCAGCAGCAGCAGCAGUAACUUGAACAACACCACCAACAACAACAACAACAGCAGCAGCAGCAGCAGCAAUACGAAUAUAAUGACAGCUUGUUUUUCAUCUGCUGCUUCUGUUUUGCGUCGUGAGAGCUGGCAUUCGUCUUUAGCUCUACCGCAUUUGCUGACGUCCUUGGAUACGCUCUCUGAUGCAGCGCUGCAGCAGCUAACGGGGCAGCCUCCUCCUUUAGAGAAGUAUUCAUGCCCUAUAUGUCUUGAUGUUAUUGAGAAGCCUGUAACUCUUAGAGCUUGCUGCCACAGGUUCUGCUUCUCUUGCUUUGCUGCUGCUGCUGCAGCAGCAAAUAACGACAGCAACUCCACCGGCAUGGGCCUCACCCGAUGCCCUUCAUGCAGAACAAAUAUCGUCCCUUUAGAAGAACCCUUGCUGCAGCUUGAGCAGCAGCAGCAGCAGCAGCAGCAGCAGCAGCAGCACAUACACACGAGCACUGGGAACUCCCACGAUCCGCAGACCACCACCAGCAGCAGCACCAGCAGCGGCAGUAGCAGUAGUAGCAGCAGCAGCAGCAGCAGCAGCAGUAGCAGCAGAGUUGCUUACAUCGACGCAGAUGGUAGCUUUGUAGGAGACGCGGAGUCCGGCAGUCUCCACACUGCUGAGGCCCUGACCAGCAGUAGCAGCAGCAGCAGCAGCAGCAGCAGUAGCAGCAGCAGCAGCAGCAGCAGGCUUGGGGGAGGGAGUGGAGGCGGGAACAGAAGGCGCGGCGGUUCAGCAGCGCCGACGGAGGAGAAUACAUUGGCAGCAGCAGCAGGAGCAUCACCUGCUGCUGCUGCUGCUGCAGCAGCAGCAGCAGCAGCACCCCGGGCAGUUAGGUCUUCAGAAGUUACAAUCGAUGAUGCGCUUGCUGCCUUCGUUCGGCGUUGCUUCGGACCCAAGACAGAACCUCCAUAUAGGAAUGACUCCUCUCUUGAGCUGCUGGGUGAAGGGGGAGAGGAGACGAAUACAGCAGCACCAGAGACAGCAGCAGCAACAGCCGCAGCAGCAGCAGCCGCUGCUGCUGCGGCUGCUGCUGCAGAUGAUGGUGGAGCUGAUGCAGACGAGGCUUGCGACAGGCCAGAUGCUUCUCCUUGCCUUCUUAGCUUCCCCAUCCCUGCAGCAGCAGCAGCAGCUGCUGCUGCUACUGCUGCUGCUCCUGCGCCGCCAUCCGUGCCCCCGUGCAUCGAUCAGCAGCAGCAGCAGCAGCAGCAGCAGUAUUGUGCAUGCGCAUGCACAAGACAUUCUGUUUCUCAUGUGGGUGCAGUGCAGCACCAACGGCAGCAGCAGCAGCAGCAGCAACAGCAGCAAAUAUGCUGUUCGGAUUGUGUGCAUAUGACGCCUUGCAGGGGCUCCUGCGGAGGAGCUGCAGCAACAAGGGGAGGCAGCAAGAGCGACUUGGCAGCCUUGCUGCUGCGGGCUGCUGCGCUUCAUGCUGCUGCUGCGGCUGCAGCAAAUGCAGCAGCAGCUGCAGCAACAGCAGCAGCAGCAGCGGGAGAGGGGGACGUGGUGUUGCUGCAGCAGAUAGCACAUGCGGUAGCCGCACCGCAGCUGCAGCAACCGCUCUUUGCUGCUGCUACUGGGUCGCAGUGCUGCCGGCAGCAGCCCGGCGUGCAGCAGCUGCAGCAGCAACAACAGCUACUGCUGCACCAGCUGCAGCAGCAACAGCAGCUGCUGUUCCAACAGGUGCAGCAGCAGCAGCAGCAGCAGCAGCAGCAGCAGCAGCUGCAGCAGCAGCAGCAACAGCAGCAACAUCAGCAGCAGCAGCAGGUUACUCCAAACACAACGGAUGACCUCGCUUUUGCUCUUUCACUGCUGCUGCAGGAGGGGCAGGAGCAGCAGCAAGCACUGCUUUCGGUCCCUCCCGGCCACGAAGCAGAUCCAAAGGCGCUGCAGCAGCAGCAGCUGCUGCUGCAGCACCUGCAGCAGCUGCAGCAGCAGCAACAGCAGCAACAGCAACAACAGCAGCAACAGCAACAACAGCAGCCCACUGAUGAACCGGAUCCGAAGGAGCUGCUGCACCAACAGACAGCUCUUCUUUCUUUCCUGCAGCAGCAAGACCUGCAGCACCCUCAACACUUGCUGCAGCAGCAGCAACAGCAGCAACACUGCGGCAUCGUAUCUUGCACGCGGUGUGUAUGUAUUGGCGAUCGCUCUACGAGCAUUUCAGGGCCGCUGUGCAGCAGCAGCCAAAGCAGCAAAAGCUGCAGCAACAGCAGCAAAAGCUGCAGCAAAAGCUGCAGCAGCAGGAACAGCAGCAGCAGCAGCAACGCGGGGGGUGAAGACUUUGAUUUGCAGCUGCAAGCAAUUCUAGCAGAGCUGAAAGGUGUUGGCUGGAACCAUGAAGCAACGGACACUGCUGCGUCGCAGCAGCAGCCUCAGCAGCAGCAGCAACAGCAGCAGCAGCACCUGCAGCAGCAGCAGCAGCACCUGCAGCUGCAGCAGGAGCAGCAGCUUCAGCUGCAGCAGGAGCAGCACCUGCAGCUGCAGCAGGAGCAGCACCUGCAGCAGGAGCAGCGCCUGCAGCUGCAGCAGGAACAGCACCUGCAGCUGCAGCAGGAGCAACAGCUGCAGCUGCAGCAGGAGCAACAGCUGCAGCUGCAGCAAAUGGAAACGCUGCGUAGCGGCGGCGGCGGCAGCAGCAGCAGCAGCGAAAGAGCAGCAACUCACCACCUGUCUACUUCAGAAGUUCUGCCUACAUUGGGUCCCCUGUCUAGUGCAUCGCCCUGCUCUGCUGCUCCUAGUCUGCACAGCAGCAGCAGCAGCCUCAGCAGCAGCAGCAGCAGCAGCAGCCAGAGAGCGCAGAUACAACGUGGCAACAGCUGCGGCGACUUGGGGAAGGGCGCUGCCGCACCAGCAACAUGGUUAGCCCCUGAGGGCAGCAGCAACACCAGCAGCAGCACCAGUAGCAGCAGCAGCAGCAGCUGUUGCUGCAACGCCACCCCCCCAGUGCAGAAGCUUUCUCGCCGUCAGCGACGACUCCUAAGACAGCAGCAAGCAGAGGAGCAGUCGCCGAUGCAGCAGCAGCUGCUGCAGAAGCAGCAACAGCCGCUUAAGCAGCCGCAGCAGCAGCAAAAGCAGCAGCAGCAGCAACAGCAGCAUAGGCAGCAGCAGCAGCAGAAACAGCAUAGCCAGCACUUGCGGCAGCAGCAGCGCGUACCACGAAGCGGCGGGGCUUCCUUUGAUGGAAGCAGCUACUGGAGUGCUGACUGGAGUCAGCAGCAGCAGCAACAGCAGCAACAGCAGCAGCAACAGCUGCUGCUGCAGCAACACCCUGUAGGCAUUAGCUAUAUUCAGGGUGUACAUACACCGCAGCCACUGCCGGGGGCCCCAUGGUUGCUGCAGGGGCCCUCAGUGCAGCCCCCCAUCUUUGUGGGGCGUCGCUCCAGCUCGUUGAAUGCAGGGGCGCAGCAGCUUCCGCCUGCUGCUGCUGCUGCUGCUGCUGCACCAUCAGCAGCAGCAGCAGCUGCUCCUGCAGCAGCUCCUGCAGCAGCAGCUCCUGCUGGAGCCCCCACCGCACUCUGA